AUGACCAAGUUCACCUCCGUCCUCGUCGCUGCCCUGGCUGGCAGUGCCUUCGCUGCUCCUCCCACUCCCGCCAGCGAGCACGAUGUCCACGCCUACGCCAAGCGCGACAGCUGCACCUUCUCCGGCUCCAGCGGCGCCGAGAAGGCCAUGGCUGCCCAGAAGUCUUGCAGCACCAUCGUCCUCGACAGCCUCAAGGUCCCCGCUGGCAAGACUCUUGACCUCAGCAAGCUCAAGGACAACACCAAGGUCAUCUUCAAGGGCACCACCACCUGGGGCUACAAGGAGUGGAAGGGUCCCCUUGUCAAGAUCUCCGGUAACAAGAUCACUGUCGAGGGCUCUGGUGCCAUUCUCAACGGUGAGGGUGACAAGUACUGGGAUGGCAACGGUGGCAACAGCGGCCGAACUAAGCCCAAGUUCUUUGCUGCCCACAAGCUUACUAACUCCAAGAUUAACAACCUCUACAUCAAGAACUCCCCUGUUCAGUGUAUGUCUGUUAACGGAGUGAACGGUCUUGAGAUUAACAAGUUUACCCUUGAUAACAAGCUCGGUGACUCCAAGGGUGGACACAACACUGAUGCUUUCGACAUUGGUUCCUCUACCGGUGUUACCAUCGAUGGUGCGAAGGUCUGGAACCAGGAUGACUGUGUUGCCGUCAACUCUGGCAAGAACAUCAUCUUCAAGAACGGUUACUGCCACGGUGGCCACGGUCUCUCCAUCGGCUCCGUCGGUGGCCGCGACGACAACGUUGUCGACAACGUCCAGUUCCUCAACUCCGAGAUCACCAACUCUGCCAACGGUAUCCGCGUCAAGGCCUUCAAGAACAAGACCGGCAAGAUCAACAAGGUCACCUACUCCGACAUCACCCUCUCCAAGAUCAAGAAGUACGGUAUCCUCGUCGAGCAGAACUACGACGGCGGUGACCUCCACGGCAACCCCACCAGCGGUCUCCCCAUCACCAACCUCACUCUCAAGAAUAUCAAGGGCAAGAACGCUGUUGACUCCAAGGGCAAGAACGCUGCCAUCGUUUGUGGAAAGGGUGCUUGCACUGGCUGGACUUGGAACAACGUUCAGGUCUCUGGUGGUAAGAAAUACGAUAGCUGCCAGAACGUUCCCAGCGUUGCUUCAUGCUAA